UUGCUGUUUGUUAUGGCUCUGUCUAUGUUCUGCUGCUGCUGGUUCUGGUGCUGCUACUGCCCUGUCAGCUGCUGUGUUGUCUUCUGCCUGGUGCUGUGCUACCUCCUGCCUGAGUGUGUUUAAUAUUCCUGAUGAGCCAGACAAGAGAAGAUCGUUUGAAGGUUUUGUACAAGAGAGAUUCAAAAACUUCAAAAGUUCGUUGAGAACAAGAUGGAUCCAUAAGAAACAAAGGCAUAAACCGAAGAAAACUGUGAUGGGUAAUGCAAGAAAGGAGGAACCUGAGAAGAAACCGUGGGAUGUAUAUCCACAAAUAACGGUGAAGGACUGGGAGAAGUUUGUGGCGAAAUCAACUACUACUACUGCACUUGAAAAAAGUCAACAAGCUACGAGCAAUACUGAGAAGAAAAUGUAUAACCAUCAUAUGGGUUGUAAGACAUUUGCGGAAAGUAGACCAAAGUGGAUCAAAGAGGGUCUAUACCCCGCAUCCAAAAUACCAUCAUCUGAUAAACCGCUUGAUUCCACGGUCACAAGUUUGGUAAGUCGUGCAAAUGAUUGGUGGUGUGCUAUGCAUGGGAUCGACAAGAACACCGGGAAGUACAUCAUGCACUCGGAUAAAAGGCCAGUAGCAGAUGCACUUCUCGAGCAUACGUCGGAAGUGGUUGAAGGCAAGCUCACUCCAAGCAUAGAGAACGAUCCUUUUACCUUGGCUUUGGGAAAACCAUACCACCCUGGCGAGUCAUUGGUGCGGGAGGGAAACAACUAG